AUGUUCACCAUGGACUCGGCCAAACAGUGUUUUGUGGCCGCCACCAUCCUCAGCUCGAUGUCCGUUUUCAUUGCGGUGACAGUGCUGCCGGUCAUGAUUGCUCGACUGGAUAUUGUAAUGGACGAAUUGGUGGACGAAACGAUCGCCUUUAAGGUCGCGGCUGAUGCUUUGGCGAUGGAGUUGCAGUUGCGGCAAAAACCGCAUUUUCGUCAGGUUGUGAAGAGCAGAAUUGCAAGACAAUCGAGCUUCUUGGACAUUCUGGAGAGACGUAAGGAAGUGUUUGGGGGUUUAGACGGGAGAAUGGAGGGCCUUUUUAAGAUUAUUGGUUAUGUUAAAAGUUUUUGGGAUUACAUGUGAUUUAAAAUUUGAAUUAUUUUAGGCUCAUUCAAAGGUAGGAUGCGAGUAAUGGAGCGCCAGAAAGCCCGCGAGCGAUCCAAAGGCUUCAUUGAGAAAACUCAGAAAUUCCAAGAGAAAUACGACGAUUGUAAGUCUAUUUUGAACAGUAAUCUUGCCAUAAAUCGACGUCAUUUUACGUAAGAUUUUAGUAAAAGUCUUCAACAACCCGCAUAUCCCAAAGCACACAAAGGAGAUGAAAGAACAGCUUCAUGAAGAGUUCUCUCGGCUCAAACAACUUCCAAUUCAACCAAUCCCGGUUGAUAUUGAGGCUGAGCAUCGCGCAAGAUUACAUCAGAGGAGACGGCCUUACGAAAUCAGACGUCAUCCACAGAGAUUCCAGGAAAACAGUGUGAAAGAAGAGGAGAUCGAAAAGAAGCAGGAGUUAAGAGGGGGAUCGAAAUGCCCCAGAGGUCCAACUGGGGCUCCUGGAGAGAAUGGAUUGCCUGGAUGUGAGUUUUGUUGGCUUAGACAGCAGGAUAUAAUUUUUGAUGAGGUCCCUCAAGUAUAGUAUCCCGGGUUUCUCUAGGCUGGGGACAACAUUUUUUGAAAUGAUUAACUUUUGGGGCAACAUAAUUUUUUGACCACUUGCCUUUACUUUUUACCCUAAGAAAGAUGCUUGGUUAUAAAUACAUAUCAUCUUUUAAUUUGUAGUGCCCGGAACUCCCGGAGAGCCCGGCCGCCCCGGCCGCAGUUACAACAAGAUCCCUCCCGUCUGUUUCAUGUGUCCGGAAGGACCUCCUGGCAUCUCUGGACCUCCUGGAGCCCCCGGACUUCCCGGAGAGCAGGGUCCAGACGGAUUCCCCGGAUUGUUUGGCCCUCCUGGACCACCUGGGCCGGCUGGGGAUCAAGGCGAACAAGGUGAUGACGGAUUCCCAGGGCUCCCUGGAAAUCCUGGCUUCGUCUUCAAAGCCGGUCCACCUGGUCCGCCUGGAGAUCCGGGAACUGCUGGGAAUGUGGGAGAUGCUGGACAAGACGGAGAGCCUGGAUUACCUGGAUUGACGGGAGAAGAAGGAAUGGAGGGAUGGGAGGGAAUGCCUGGAGAAAAUGGAGAGCCAGGCCCUCAGGGAAAAGCGGGCGAAGUUGGGGAUGAUGGACAAGAUUUGCCUUAUUGUGAAUGCCCGGCAAGGUCGCCAAAUGCUUCGGAGAAGGAUAAAAUGAAGAAAGUUGUUCCAUAUUAUCCGGUAUUUAUGCGAGCUUUGUAG